GCGGGGGCCCCCGCCUUCGCGCCCGGCGGCGGCGGGGAGGCGGCGGAGGGGGACGCCGAGAAGCUGGCGGAAGACGACCUCGCGAAGUCGUCCUCGCUGCGGUCGCGCCUGAAGCUCUCCUCCGACGCCCCCGUCUUCGUGCCCAGCUUCAUGCCCGCGCCGCCGGCGCCGCCCGCGGCGGACGCGCCGGCGGGAGAGCGGCCGGAGGAGGGGGAGGGCCGGACAUCCCUGCGCACCAGGCUGGUGGCCUCGGCUAAGCCCUUCGAGCCCCUGUUCAACGUGACCUUCGAUCCCGCCAUGUACACAUGGACGGCCGAUAAAACCGAAGAGGGCGGCGGCGGAGGUAAGAGCGGCGGCAAGGGCGAGGAGCUCGGCGAGGGAGGAAAGAAGGGCAAGACAGGCGACGGCAAGGAGGGCAAGGGCAAGGGCAAGGAUGGCAAAUCUGGCGGCAAGGAGGGCAAGGGCAAGGAUGGCAAGGAUGGCAAGUCUGGCGGCAAGGCCAAGAAGGGUGCCGAAAGCAGCAAGGAUGAGGCUGCCGAGAAGGACGGGCCAAGGUGGAAGCCAAAAGAGUAG